AUGUCUGAACGUAUUGAUCUACCGUGUCAUUCCUCUCGAUCAUCAUUAUUAUCGUCAUCUAGCGGCUACAAUAAUUAUCGAGGAUUAUUAAAUCUUGUCUAUAUUUUAUUGGCAAUGGGUGGUGGACGUCUUGUUUUAGAAAAUUUAUUAAAAUAUGGCCUAUUAGUACAAUUAGAUUUACCCAUUAUAUUUCUAAAAGAUCCAACGCAAUGGUCAGCUUUUAUAUUAAUUUUGCUCGUGAAUAUAUUUAUUUUUAUUACAUACUAUUUAGAAGUAAAAGUGAAAUCAACUCUAUCACAACUAAUUAAUUUGUUCAUGUUACUGAUAUUUCCCGUUAUUUACAUUGAAAUAAGAAAACCAAAUCCAAUUGGAACUUUUCUUGCUGUCUCAAUAUACUCGAUCGUAUUUCUAAAAUUAAUAUCGUAUAUUCAUAUAAACUGUCUAUGUCGAAUGCAAUGGAUUAAUGACAACAAAGGAAAAAAAACUGAUAUAUUCGAAGAAUCUCUCAACGAUUAUGUGACUGAAAAAUCGUCUACAAUUCUUGUCAAAUAUCCUGACAAUUUAUCACUAAAAGAUUUAUACUAUUUUUUAUUUGCUCCUACGCUGUGUUAUGAACUGAAUUAUCCUCGUACAACAGGAAUUCAUAAAAACUCUCUUGUGCGUCGCUUAUGUGAAAUAUUAUUCUUAUCAUCUUUAGAAUAUAUUCUCAUUCAACAAUGGACAUUACCUAUUUUACGUUCAAUCGAUCGUCCGUUGAAUGAAUUAAGUACAUUUACAAUUAUUGAACAUUUAUUACGUUUAGCCAUAGCAAAUCAUUUAAUUUGGUUAAUAUUUUUUUAUCUCAUAUUCCAUUCAUGUUUAAAUGUUGUAGCUGAUCUAUUACAAUUUGAUGACCGACACUUUUACAGUGACUGGUGGAAUGCCGAAGAUAUAGCGGAUUUUUGGAAGAAAUGGAAUAUUCCUGUUCACACCUGGUGUAAACGUCAUAUUUAUAAACCUUUGAUCAAAGACUAUGGCCUAUCGAAAGCAAUGGCAUCAUUUUUCGUUUUUUUAAUAAGUGCUUUUUUCCACGAGUAUCUGAUAAGUGUUCCAUUGCGAAUGUUUCGUAUAUGGAGUUUCAUUGCCAUAUUAGUUCAAGUACCAAUGGCUUUCAUUGUUAAAUAUAUGAAUCGUGAAGCACGUUAUGGUAAUAUAGCUGUGUGGAUUUCGCUAAUAUUAUUACAGCCAAUUGCUAUCAUUUUAUAUCUACAAGAUUAUUAUUACAAAGAUUACGUUCAACAAAAUUAA